CCUUUCUUCAGGUGAGCAUGCGCACGGGGCUCAGCGUGCCUUAGCAACCAAAGCAGUAGACUGUAGCAACCAGUAUCCUAAUGAUGGAAGGGCAUUCAUUGGAAGAAAGACCUGAAUAGUUCAUGCAGGCUGUUCAUUAUCCAGUAAUCAUCUGAGUGUCGGGAAUUACCUUCAGUAGAAUGGCAAAAGCAACAACUAUUAAGGAAGCUCUAGCUAAAUGGGAAGAAAAAAAUGGUCAGAAACCAUCAGAGGCCAAGGAAGUAAAACUUUAUGCCCAGAUUCCUCCUAUAGAGAAGAUGGAUGCGUCUCUUUCCUCUCUUGUUAAUUGCGAAAAGCUGUCCUUAUCUACAAAUUGCAUUGAAAAAAUCGCCAACUUGAAUGGGCUGAAAAACUUGCGGAUUUUGUCACUGGGCAGAAAUAACAUAAAGAAUCUCAACGGGCUGGAAGCAGUUGGAGAUACAUUAGAGGAAUUAUGGAUAUCAUACAACCUGAUUGAGAAACUAAAGGGGCUCCAUGUGAUGAAGAAGCUAAAGAUUCUCUACAUGUCCAAUAAUCUGGUGAAAGACUGGGCAGAGUUUGUGAGGCUGGCAGAGCUGCCAGUACUGGAGGAUCUAGUGUUUGUAGGCAAUCCUCUGGAAGAGAAAUACUCUGCUGACUCACAGAGUGCUUGGGUUGAGGAAGCAACCAAACGAGUGCCCAGACUGAAGAAACUUGAUGGUAUUCCGGUUAUUAAACAGGAAGAAGGCGAAGAAGGAGAAAACUAAUGCAGCU